AUGGCAUCAACCCCCACCAACUUCCCCGUUGUGCUGAUCCAUGGAGUCUUCGGGUAUGGUAGAACUCGUCCACUCUGGAAUCUGUGGUCGCCUUACUGGCCAGAGGAAGCGCUGAACACGAUGAACCAGAACCAUCUCAUGGUCGACGUUGGGGCAUUAAGCUCCGACCACGAUCGCGCUUGUGAAGCCUUUUAUCAGCUGUAUGGAGGGCAAGUUGACUACGGGGAAGAUCAUAGUCGAGAAGCAGGACACAACCGAUUUGGAGCUACCUUCGGGGCCACCACUGCAUUAGAGUUGUAUCAGUUAAUCUGCGCCGGCUUCUUUGGUGUCGGCAGUAAUCAUCGGUGGGUCAUGAGCUUGGUCUCCGUCGCUGGUCCACUCACAGGCUCGACGAUAACGCAUCUCUUCGGACUGCACGACCUGCAAAUGGUGCCGUAUUCUCUCGGACACUUUAUCGGCGCUGCGUUGGGUGUUUGGUUCAAGCUGCACACCGACUGGCCUAUACUUCGUCAAAUCUUCGACUUUAAAAUGCCGCAAUGGCAGUGUGUCAAUACAUUCCGCGAGAUCCUGUCGCCCUACGGUCGCAUCAGCUCCACCGACCUCGCGGUGUUCAACCUCCUGCCUCGAGAACGCAUGACGCGCAACGCUGAGCUCAUCCACAUGGACAAGAUCUUCCUGGUCUCGGUGGCAACUUCUACACCGUUGGACUACGCGUCGAUUCCUUCUCUUUAUGCGCUUUUGCUAGUCAUGCGACGGCAUGUUGCCACACUUCAUGUGAUCUUUGACGGCUUCGAUCGGACCCUGUGGGGCGACAACGACGGAGCUGUAAACCUCUACUCGAUGUUGCAACCGUGGGCUUCCGUCAUGCCCGACGGCGACUCCGAAUCGACAACGUCCACAUCUUCGUCACUCUCGCAGGAAGCCGACGUCACGACAGCUUCAAAGAAAGUGUCUGCGGAUUUGUACCGAGAUGAGCUCAAUGAGCUCAACCCCAGUGACCCAACGGAUCAUCUCGCCUUCGCCACGCUGCGACGCGGGGUCUGGUACGUUCAUCGUGUGGAGAGGAAUCACAUGGCUGUAACUCACUUCGACAAAUACUCACCGGAACUGUUUCAACGGCUCUUUCGGGUCAUGGCAAACCAGAUUGAGACCAGCACUCUAGCAGAGUGA